AAAUUGAACAAUCAAAUAUAUAUUGUUAGUAAUUUCUAUGACUUUAUUAUUUGUAACAACAAGCAUUUGAGUAUAAUAUAAUACUCGAAUAGAAUAGAAAAAAAUAAUAAUAUAUAAAGAGUGGGGAUAUUGUUGAGUUUAACUAUUAUUUUAAAAGAAGGAAGAUGAAGAAAGUAAUUUAAUAGCAAGGGGAUAAUAAAACCCUAACAAUUCGCAUUCAGCCUUGCUCGAGAUAACACAUAUUCAAAUUGAUCGAAAUAAAUCACACUUGACAUGGAUCGUAAAUUUUUAUUUAUUUUACUUGGUCUAUUGGUGGCUGCUCAAGUGAUACAAGCACAAGUAUUAUUUAAGAAAGGUAGUUGUCCAAGAAGAAAAACAGUGUAUCAUUGUGAGCCAACAUGUAUGAAUGAUUAUCAAUGUCCAUCAAGUCAAAAGUGUUGUCCAAAUAAAUGUGGAUCUGUAUCAUGUGUUGAAGCAAGUCCAGUUUAUACUGGCAAUAAUGGACCAUACAGAGGAAUAAUUAAACAUAGCCAUGUUUUUUGUGGUGGUAUGAAGUGCACUAAAUGGGAAAAAUGUGAAUUGGAGCGUAAUACAAAACGUGCUAGAUGUGUUCGAGUUUAAAAUUAUAAUAUCAAUAGUUAUUAUGUCAACAAUAAUUUUUUAAUUAAUUACUUAUGUUGACUAUAUUUUGUUUUUUUUUUUACUUGAAUAUAAGCAAGAUACACUGCCACUUUUAAAUCGUUCCAUAUAAUAUUAUAACAUUAUUAUUAUUAUACUUGUAAAAUGGAAAAUCCAAUAGAUUUAAUUAAAAUUUCAUGAAUAAAGUCUUUUUAAAGCAA